UAUGUUAUAAUACGUGACACCCACCACCCUCUUUCACGCCACUCACUCUUUUCUCCUCUCUCUGCGUUUCUUUUUUCUCUCAUUUUCUCAGCAACCAAACAGCACAAGCCGACCACACUUCCCUCAAGAGUCCCCAUGCCGCGGGUUCCCUAGCCGACCCAUUUUCCCUAAACCCCCCAAAUUCGCGACAAAGAAGCUUCCUUGGCGCCAAAAAAAUGAAGUCCGAGCGGGUCAAAGAAGCGCUUCUGCUUACUCUCACAUCGUGCCUCUUCGUCAUUGCAGGUUCGGAUCUAGCUUCGGACAGAGCGAGCCUGUUAUUGCUCCGAAGCAGGGUGGGGGGUCGAACCUUGCUUUGGAACACGACCCAAACAAGCCCUUGUUCAUGGACCGGCGUGCUCUGCAACAACGGAAGAGUAACGGUUUUGCGUCUCCCCGCUAUGGGUCUUACCGGUUCGCUCCCGACCGGUUUAGGGAACCUGACGGAACUGCAGACACUUUCUCUCCGAUUCAACGCACUAACUGGAGGAAUUCCCUCGGAUUUCGCGAACUUAAAAUCCUUACGUAACUUGUAUUUACAGGGAAACUUUUUCUCCGGUGAGGUUCCCGAUUCGGUGUUCGCUUUGCAGAACUUGGUGAGGUUGAAUUUGGGUUCCAACAAUUUCAGUGGAGAGGUUUCAACCAAGUUCAAUAGUCUCACUCGUUUGGCCACUCUCUAUUUGCAACGCAACGGGUUCACCGGCUCUGUCCCUGACCUUAGUGUUCCUCCUCUUCAGCAGUUCAAUGUGUCUUUUAACCGGUUAACCGGGUCAAUUCCCGAGAGGUUUUCGCGUUUGGACCAAAGCGCUUUUGUUGGAAACUCGCUUUGUGGGAAGCCCUUGCAACCUUGUCCCGGAAGUGGGAAGAAAGAUAAUAACUUGUCUGGGGGAGCCAUUGCGGGUAUUGUGAUUGGUUGUGUGUUGGGUGUGUUGUUGAUUCUGGUUCUUUUGUUGUUCCUGUGUAGAAAAAGGAGUAGGAAAAGCGAUUCUUCCAUGCAAACUAAGCGGGUUGUUGAGAGUGAGGUGUCACGUGAGAAGAGUCGUGGAGAUCGUGGUGGUGGUAGUGGUGGUGGAAAUGGUGGUAAUUCAGCUUCAGCAGUAGCAGGGUCGGUGGAGAAGAGCGAGGUUAAGGGUGGUGGAGAUAAGAGUUUGGUGUUUUUUGGGAAUGUUAAUAGAGUGUUUAGUUUGGAUGAAUUGUUGAGAGCUUCAGCAGAAGUGUUAGGGAAAGGGACUUUUGGAACAACUUACAAAGCCACUCUGGAGAUGGGAACGAGUGUGGCUGUGAAGAGGUUGAAGGAUGUUACUGCAACAGAGAGGGAAUUCAGGGAGAAAAUUGAGCAAGUGGGGAAGCUGGUUCAUCAAAACUUGGUCCCACUAAGGGGUUAUUAUUUUAGCAGGGAUGAAAAGCUCAUUGUGUAUGAUUACAUGCCCAUGGGAAGUUUAUCUGCUUUAUUACAUGCAAAUGGUGGAGUGGGGAGGACUCCACUGAAUUGGGAAACAAGGUCUGCGAUUGUCCUUGGAGCUGCCCGCGGGAUUGCAUACCUUCAUUCACAUGGCCCAACAAGCUCCCAUGGAAACAUCAAGUCAUCAAACAUCCUUCUCACAAAAUCUUUUGAAGCUCGUGUCUCUGACUUUGGCCUUGCUUAUCUUGCUCUUCCAACCUCUACACCAAACCGCGUUUCUGGUUACCGUGCCCCAGAGGUCACUGAUGCGCGCAAAGUAUCCCAAAAAGCUGAUGUCUAUAGCUUUGGUAUCAUGCUUUUGGAACUGCUUACAGGAAAGGCUCCUACUCAUUCUUCACUGAAUGAAGAAGGGGUAGACCUCCCAAGAUGGGUCCAAUCUGUGGUUCAAGAUGAGUGGAACACUGAAGUAUUUGACAUGGAGCUUCUUAGGUACCAGAAUGUUGAGGAGGAAAUGGUCAAGCUCUUGCAGCUUGCCCUUGAAUGUACUGCCCAAUAUCCUGACCAAAGACCUUCAAUGGAUGUGGUGGCAGGCAAGAUUGAGGAAAUUUGUCAUCCUAGUGUAGUGAUAGAGGAAGGGAAGAAUAAUGAUUUUAAAGAUGCAGAUAUGGGAUUUUCCCAACAGUACUACUCUGUUGAUUCUGGUGCAUCACAUGCUUGAAUAUAGAAUUGAAGAAACCUCAUUAUUUCAUCAUUGACCUGUUUUUGGCAUGCAUAUUACAGAAGUGUUGUUUGUUUAUUCAUUGAAGUAUUAUAGCAAUUAGCUGUGUAUGUCUUUUGUCUUACUACCUCUUUUCCCUCAGUCUCUAUUGUUAUGCUCUGAGUCUUGGGGAGUGGCGGCUUAUCUCCCAGUUUACUGCUUCAUUAUAUCCCUCAAAAGACGUCUAUUUAUUUUCAUUUUUACAGGAUUAUGUGUGAAUUGUGAAUAAUUUGUUUGGAUAUCUACAUUGGUGUCUUCUCCCUCUUAUUUUCGAGUCGGAUUGGUUUGUAUCAUAAUUCUAAAGUUUUCUUUGCUUUUUGUAUUUGGUAGGCUGGGUUUGGCCUAUCGUUUGU